AUGGAAGUACUUAUAAAAUUAUUGAUACUCUAAUUAAUAGUCAAGGACAUCAUUGAUAUAGCAUUUGUUCGGUAGGAUAGCCAUUUGAUAACCAUUUACUUAAAUGUAAUAUCUCUAAGUAUUGGGCUAAUACUCGUCAUACUUGAUUACUGCAAAUUAUCAAUUAAAUAUUUAAAAGUGGGCCUCUUUGGAUUAUGUGCAAUAAAUUCAGAAAUACCAUUUUAACAAAAGAUUAACUAUGCCAAUGUUGCUUACUUUGCAUACACAGCACUAAUAUUAUUCAAUACAUACUCACAAAACCUAUCCACUAGAUUGAUUGUCCACUUUUAACUACUAUAUGUUACUAUUAGAGUUUCAUUUACCUAAAAUAGUUAUGACUUACAUACACUUCUGAUCAUGAUCUCCUUGUAACCAAUCAAUCAUUACAUCAUACAUUAAAUGACUAGUGUCAAGUGCUCUUCGUUCACUUAAACCCUCGUUUAAUAAGAAUAAAAAUUUAAAUAGACAUAAUUUGAAUAAGAUUAGUUAUUAUCAAGCGAAAGUAAAAGAGAUUUCAUUAAAUAUGAUCUGAAUGAGAGCAUCAUUCUAAAAGCUUUUAAUGGAGAUAUUGAAACUCCUCAACAAGAGCACAGAUACAUAGGCAUUAACAAAGACCAAAUGGAUCAAAGAAUCAUCAUAAAAAAACAUCCAAACAACUUACCAACAACCCUUUUAUCAGAUUCCAAUUAUAAUAUGGAGCCUUUAAAAUUUGAAAGAAAUACUAGUACUAAGUAUUCAGAAAUAGUCUCAAUUUUGAAUAAUCUGCCUUUUGGUAUACUGUUUGUAGAUUAAUCCUUAAAAGUUUUAGAUUUUAAUCAAAAAGUAACCUAACUACUAGGUUUAACUAAUCCUUGUGAUAUAAUUGCAUUCUUAGAUUAAGCUAUUUAAAGCGGAGACUUUUGUGAAUUUAGAUCAUCUAAGAAAGUCAGAAAACCUUAAAAAUCACCCAGAAAAAAGACAUUUCAAAAUUAACCUUCAAUUAGUCCAUAAAAAAUAUUCUUAGAAGAACACAUUCAAGAUGCAUUCUCAUAAUACAACAACAAUGCCUCUUAAUUUAAAGGGGAGAGUGAUGCCAAUAUAGGGAAAAACCUUAAGUCUAUAUUUUAGAAUUUCAAGAAAAUCCACCAAAGUUAAUUAACAUCUUUGUCUCGUGAUAACUUUCAAUACAUAAUCAGAAUGGAUAAUAUGAAUAAAUCUGGUGGGAAGAUCAAGUAUAAGAGUUUGAAACUCAAAAUAUUUCAAUUGGAAGGUUUUGUGUAAUGGGAGUCUGUGGUUUAUUUGUUCUUUUUGGAGAACAUCACCAAGAGAGAAGAAUAUAGAUUGCUGAAUCAUAAGUACAAGUUUCAAUAGGCCUUGCUUAAUUCUUUAUGUCAUGAGCUGCGAACUCCGAUCAAUGGGACAGUGUCUUAGUUGUAUGCAUUGAAGGAUCAAUUGUCUUAGAGUUUGAUUGAAUCUCAUUUGGAUCCUGCCAUUGUAUCAGCCAAGAGGUUGCAAUUCCAACUCAAUGAUAUCUUAGAUUAUGCUCAAAUUUAAUGUUCAGCUUUGAUUUUGAAUAAGUCCUGUUUCAAGUUAUAGGAAGUUUAUUAAUUACUAUAUGAACUUUUUAAUUUUGAGUGUGUCUAAAAGAACAUCAAUCUCAUCAUUGAAAAUGUAAGUCAUAUCUCAAUUUAUACAGACAAAGAAAGACUGAUUAGAAUUUUCAUAAAUUUAUUGGAUAACUCUGUCAAAUUCACAAACAAGGGAGGCACUAUCAAAUUAAUUACUCAAACGACUCCUCUUUACUAUAAGUUAUCAAUUGAAGAUGAUGGAUAGGGCAUUUCAGAAGAAGUCAUCCAGAAAAUUGAGUAAUAAGCAGAAUUAUUAUUCCAAGACUCACUUCACUAUGAUUCUAACAAACUUGGGCUAGGACUUAGGAUCUCAUAAUAGCUAGCCAAAUUUCUAUAUAAGGAUCAGUUUUUUGAGAUUGAUUCCGUUUAUGACAGAUAUACAAAAGUCAGUUUCAGAGUGUCAAAUCAAAUCCACAAUUACUCCAAUGAGUUCGAAUUCGACAAACACGAAAUCACUCAGAUUUCAGAUUGUGAUUGUAGCAAGAUUUUGAUCGUUGAUGAUAUCAGCUGCAACCAUUUUGCCUUGUAAGUUUUGCUUAAGAAGUUCAAAGUGAAAACUGACAGUGCUUACAAUGGUAAUUCAGCAAUCGACUUAGUCAAAUAGAGAUUUUCAUAACAAUGUUGCAAGACUUACCGAUUAAUUUUUAUGGACAUUGAAAUGCCUGGUAAAAAUGGAUUUUAGGCCUCUAAAGAAAUAAAUUAAUUAUUAAAGGAGCGAAAUUUGAAUGAAAGUUGUAUUAUAACAAUGUAUUCAGCCUAUUCAGGAGAUGAUGAUGUUCUGAUUGCUAGUCAAUGUGGUAUGAAAGAGCGUAUCUCCAAACCCACUGAUAUACAAAAAUUAGAAUAUCUUGUUAAUAAGUACAUACUAUGA